AGUGGGCAUUCAUGAAUAUUUCUUUGGGAGUGAGGUAUAGUAUACAGAUGCGUGACUACUUUUCGCUAAAUAGUUUUUUAUUUAAACGAGCUAAUUGCAGGUGCAAUUCUGGUCCUUGUUGUUUUUAACAUAGCAUUUGAGAUCUGUUCCAGUUUUUGAUCAUUUUGAUGUAGUGUCGCUGCUAAAAGAUGCCGCAGCCGAAAUCCCGAAAAAUCGCCGUCCUGGGCUACAGAUCCGUCGGUAAAUCCUCCUUGACAAUACAGUUUGUGGAAGGCCAGUUUGUCGACUCAUAUGACCCAACCAUUGAAAACACGUUUACAAAGAUGAUCACAGUGAAUGGUCAGGAGUACCACCUGCAGUUGGUGGACACCGCUGGACAGGAUGAAUACUCCAUUUUCCCACAGACCUACUCCAUAGACAUCAACGGAUACAUUUUGGUGUAUUCUGUCACGUCAAAUAAAAGUUUUGAAGUAAUAAAAGUUAUCCACGAAAAAUUAUUGGAUAUGGUGGGUAAAGUACAAGUACCCAUCAUGUUGGUGGGGAACAAGAAAGAUCUUCACAUGGAACGUGUAAUCAGUUGUGAAGAAGGCAAAGCACUGGCUGACUCGUGGAACGCAGCAUUCAUGGAGUCCUCUGCAAAAGAGAACCAGACGGCGGUGGAGGUGUUCAAGAGGACCAUCCUGGAAGCAGAGAAAAUGGAGGGGGGAGCCCCCCAGGGCAGGACGUCCUGCUCCCUGAUGUAACCAUCCGCCUCGGGCCCUCGCAACCCGUCCCCAACCACAGCACUGGACACUGGGAAAUCCCUCUACUUGAAGUGGCUAACAGCCUGUUCUCCCUCGAGAAACGUCUUCUUUUUUCCCCUUCUAUUUGUGUUUUUUUGGGGGAAGGACAUAGGAAGACUUUGACAUUAAGAGUAAUUAUCCAUCCCAGCUUAGAGUACACUCGUAUCACCCCCCCCCCCCCCCCCUCCUGUCUUCCCCUUCUUCUGAGAAACUAAACAUGGUGAAAUAUCGAGCCUUACUUCUCAUUUAAAGCCUGUAAUCUCAUUGCUACCUGACCCCCCCUGCCUUCCCCUUGAAAAGUUUGCAUAACAACGUAUUUCAUAAAGUUAUUAUUAUGGCCACUACAGUUGGCCAGCAUUCAUUCACUAGUGUAGUGAAUGUUGAUUCCCUUUUUUUUGGUAAUCAUUAAAUCUGCAUAUUGUUUCACUACA